AAUACCGAGAGAGGAAAAACAAGUAGGAAGCAUUAUCGGACAACCCCGAAGUUUACCAUCUGAGAGAGAAACACACACGCACCAAUAAACGACAGAGUACACAAUAACUUGAACCCAGGGAAUAGUCGAGUUAGCAACAGUUGCGAGAGAGAGAGAGAGAAGUAGGGGUGAAACAAGAAACUUUGCAUGUGUCUGUGAGAGCAGGUCGUUUGGCGAGAACAAGCCCCGGAGGAAAGGCAUUGAGGGCGGAGAGAGACCGCGGCGGGCGAGAGAUUGAAACAGUGGCUGUGGUCUGAACUACCAGAUACCUGACGAGCCCUCGUGGGAAACGACGUGUGUCAUUGAACUGGCCGGGAAGUACAGAAACAGAAGCUGCCUGAUGAAAUAGACAUGGAGAAAUUUGGAAAUAAAUAACUAAAAAUGAAUUGAAAAGAACAGGAAACUGAAAAUACUGACACGUAAAAGAGAAAGGGGAUUUGAGGAAAUGAAUGAAGGCGUGCCACUGUUUCUGUCAGAUUCCUCAACAGCUCGCUCUGGCUGGAGAGUUUGUUGAGAGCGGGACUAUUGGAGAGAGUGAGACCCACUGCCUUAUUUCAUCAAUAUCGCCAAAGCGAUUAUCCGCACAAAGUGUCCGAUGCCCACCGUUCUGGGAUGACAUGACAUGAAAUGAGGCUCAGGAAUGGAAGGGUUUUAACAGUCCUCUGCCUGGGUGCGUUUCUUUCAGUAUCGUGGUUCGCCUCUCGGCUGAAAAUGAAAGAUGAUGUGGAUGGAGUAACUCAAUACCAACAAGAAUUUCUGGAGUUUGAUACCAGAUUGCACAAAGCCGAGAAAGACAUAUUGAUUUACUCCCAGAAAUUGAAGCUUCUCUUGGAAGAGGUUAAACAUAACAAUGCUAUCGGGAUGAAGCCAAUUGACAACGACACAUCCAUAAAACUGUCCAACUUUUCAGGUGCAGUCGAGACGAAAACUUUGAAUCCAAUGGAAAAAUUUCGUGUUCAACUACCAAAUAUUUUCUAUUAUCUUCCUCAUCUGAUUACUAAUAAGGACAGCCUUCAGCCUAAAUCACUAAUAGGACAGGGAAGAACUGGAGUCUCACUGGUGAUGGGAAUACCUACAGUAAAGAGGGAGUCUCACACUUACCUUCUGGACACGCUGAACUCCCUUAUCUAUGAGCUCUCUCCUGAUGAAAAGAGAGAUUGUGUCAUCGUUAUUCUCAUUGCAGAGGUGGAAGAAAUUUAUGUUAAUGAACUGGCAGAAAAGUUAAAAGACACGUACCCCAAAGAAAUACAAUCAGGACUUUUGGAGAUCAUCUCACCUUCAGCAGAUUUUUAUCCAGACCUCUCGAAACUGAAGGAAACCUUUGGAGAUUCACAAACCAGAGUAAAAUGGAGAACAAAACAGAACUUGGACUACAGCUUUUUGAUGAUGUAUGCUCAAGCCAAAGGAAGUUUUUAUUUACAGUUAGAGGAUGAUAUUAUAGCAACACCCAACUAUCUACAAACAAUCCUGAACUUUGCUCAACACCAGUCUUCUGAUGAAUGGAUGAUCCUGGAGUUUUCCCAGCUUGGAUUUAUUGGAAAAUUGUUCAAGACUCCUGAUCUGACCUUAAUCAUAGAAUUCCUUAUCAUGUUCUACAAGGACAAGCCAAUAGACUGGUUACUUGACCACAUAUUGUGGGUGAAAGUUUGCAAUCCUGAGAAAGAUGCUAAACAUUGUGACAGACAGAAAGCUAAUUUACGAAUUCGCUACAGACCUUCCCUUUUUCAGCAUGUAGGAACUCAUUCUUCAUUGGCUGGGAAAAUUCAGAACCUAAAGGAUAAGGAUUUUAAGAAAGAAUUAUUACGCAAAGGACAUUCAAAUCCUACAGCAGAAUUAACAAGUAGCCUGAAAAUCUACCUCCAUCACAGUCUGGAGAAGGCCUAUCAAGGAGAGGAUUUCCUGUGGGCAUUUAACCCGGUGGCAGGGGACUUUAUCAAAGUUAGGUUCUUCCAGCCAUUGAAAAUAGAAAGAUACCGUUUUAGAAGUGGCGAUACAGAACAUCCAGGAGAUAAACUAUUUAAUACAACAGUGGAGGUUCUACCAGCUGAUAGAACAGAUUUGAUGAAGAAAUCUCUACACAACAAUAGCACAAAAUAUUCCAAGCAACAUCAAACAGAUGAUGGCUAUUAUAGGAUAGAUACAUUUAGGAAUGGAAUUGCAGAAGGUGAAGUCGAUGGAUGGAUUGGAAAAAUUGAAGCUAUUCGGUUAUUCAUUGUUACAGACUCCCCAUUUUGGGUUUUACUGAAUGAGAUAUUCAUUGAGGUAACUGCAUAAGUGAAGGGAAUCAUGGUCCCCCAUCAAAACCACAGCCAUUUCUUGUCCUUUUGACGUUUGCCUGCGAUGAUUUCUUCAACAACUGCGCCAUCUAGUGUGACGAUAUAAAAAGGGCAAUCGAAUGAAAAGUCAACCAGUGAGACAGCUUACACACCAAAAAUUCUGUGAGAUUCUAUGCAAAAUUUUGAGAUUGUCUUUGACAGAAUAAUUUUGUAUAUUUAUUAAACAAUGUUGUUGCCAUGUUAUUAUAUUUCACCAACCAUUUACCAUCACGACAAGAGUGAAUGAAAAAUGUCCUUUUAAUGGAAAUUGUCACAUUUCAGAAAACAAAUAGGUUACUUUGUAAUUAGCAUUAACAUAAAUAAUUGAACAUUAAAUUAUAAUGAACCAU